UGUCCCAGGCGCAGCCGCGUGGCUGAUGGAGCCAGGCGGGAAUCCUCUUUCUUCUGCUUUGCUUGGUACCAGGACCUCUGCUUGUAGCCAUCUUUGUGUGUAAAGCCCACUUGGCAGUGGUCUUGGUGGGCACAGAGAAACACUUACAGCUCUCCUGUCACCUGCAGGUCAUAGUCCUCUUUGCAGGGCAGCACAUCUCCAAGAGCCCAUUUGAAGUGAACAUUGACAAGGCCCAGGGAGAUGCCAGCAAAGUCACGGCCAAAGGCCCAGGGUUGGAGGCUGCAGGGAACAUCGCCAAUAAGCCCACCUACUUUGACAUCUACACUGCCGGAGCUGGCGUUGGUGAUGUUAGCGUGGAGGUGGAAGAUCCCCAGGGCAAGAACACCGUGGAGCUGCUGGUAGAAGACAAAGGAAACCAGGUGUAUCGAUGCGUGUACAAACCAGUGCAGCCUGGCCCCCACGUGGUCAAGGUCUUCUUUGCCGGGGACACCAUUCCCAAGAGUCCCUUUGUUGUGCAGGUUGGGAAGCCUGCAAUCCAAAUGCCUGCCGGGCCAGUGGCCGUGGCCUGCAGCCCAAAGGUGUCCGGAUCCGGGAGACUGCAGACUUCAAGGUGGACACCAAAGCUGCUGGAAGUGGGGAGCUCGGUGUGACCGUGAAGGGUCCUAAGGGCCUGGAGGAGCUGGUGAAGCAGAAAGGCUUCGCGGAUGGAGUCUAUGCAUUCGAGUAUUACCCCAGCACCCCAGGGAAAUACAGUGUUGCUGUCACAUGGGGGGGACACCACAUUCCCAAGAGUCCUUUUGAAGUUCAAAUUGGCCCUGAAGCAGGCAUGCAGAAAGUCCGUGCUUGGGGCCCUGGUCUCCAUGGUGGGAUCGUUGGACGGUCAGCAGACUUUGUGGUGGAGUCCAUUGGCUCUGAAGUCGGAUCUCUGGGGUUUGCCAUUGAAGGCCCUUCCCAGGCGAAGAUCGACUAUGACGACCAAAAUGAUGGAUCGUGUGAUGUCAAGUAUUGGCCCAAGGAACCAGGAGAAUAUGCUGUUCAUAUCAUGUGUGAUGAUGAAGACAUCAAGGAUAGCCCCUUUAUGGCCUUCAUCCACCCUGCCUCCGGAGACUACAACCCAGAUCUGGUCCAAGCGUACGGGCCAGGUUUGGAGAAAACUGGGUGUAUCGUCAACAACCCCGCUGAGUUCACUGUGGAUCCUAAGGAUGCUGGGAAAGCUCCCUUAAAGAUAUUUGCUCAGGAUGGGGAAGGGCAGCCCAUUGACAUCCAGAUGAAGAGCCGGAUGGAUGGCACAUAUGCCUGCUCAUACACCCCAGUUAAGGCCAUCAAACACACCAUUGCUGUGGUCUGGGGUGGUGUGAACAUCCCACACAGCCCCUACAGGGUUAACAUUGGGCAAGGUAGCCAUCCCCAGAAGGUCAAAGUGUUUGGGCCAGGUGUUGAGAGAAGUGGUCUGAAGGCAAACGAACCCACUCACUUCACAGUGGACUGUACCGAGGCUGGGGAAGGUGAUGUCAGCGUUGGCAUUAAGUGUGAUGCCCGGGUGUUAAGUGAAGAUGAAGAAGACGUGGAUUUUGACAUCAUUCACAACGCCAAUGACACCUUCACAGUCAAAUAUGUGCCUCCUGCCGCUGGUCGAUACACCAUCAAAGUUCUCUUUGCAUCACAGGAAAUCCCCGCUAGCCCUUUCCGAGUCAAAGUCGACCCUUCCCACGACGCCAGCAAAGUAAAGGCAGAAGGACCUGGGCUGAGCAGAGCAGGUGUGGAAAAUGGAAAGCCAACCCACUUCACUGUCUACACCAAGGGUGCUGGGAAAGCCCCGCUCAACGUGCAGUUCAGCAGUCCCAUUCCUGGGGAUGCAGUGAAGGACUUGGAUAUCAUUGAUAAUUAUGACUACUCCCAUACAGUUAAAUACACACCCACCCAACAGGGCAACAUGCAGGUCCUAGUGACUUAUGGUGGCGAUUCCAUCCCUAAAAGCCCUUUCACUGUGGGUGUUGCUGCUCCACUGGACCUGAACAAGAUCAAAAUCAAUGGGUUGGAAAACAGGGUCGAGGUUGGGAAGGAUCAGGAGUUUGCUGUUGACACCAAGGGGGCAGGAGGCCAGGGCAAGCUGGAUGUAACAAUCCUGAGUCCAUCUCGGAAGGUUGUGCCAUGCCUAGUGACGCCUGUGGCAGGCUGGGAGAGCAGUAUGGCUAAGUUCAUCCCUCGGGAGGAGGGACUGUAUGCUGUAGAUGUGACCUACGAUGGACAUCCCGUGCCUGGGAGCCCCUACACCGUGGAGGCCACACUGCCACCAGAUCCCACCAAGGUGAAGGCCCAUGGUCCUGGCCUUGCAGGUGGUCUUGUAGGCAAGCCUGCUGAGUUCACCAUUGAUACCAAAGGAGCUGGAACUGGAGGCUUGGGCCUAACCGUGGAAGGUCCAUGUGAAGCCAAAAUUGAAUGCUCUGACAAUGGUGAUGGGACCUGCUCCGUCUCUUACCUUCCCACAAAACCUGGGGAGUACUUCGUUAACAUUCUCUUUGAAGAAGUCCACAUACCCGGGUCUCCCUUCAAAGCUGACAUUGAAAUGCCAUUUGACCCCUCUAAGGUUGUGGCCUCAGGACCAGGUCUUGAGCCCAGGAAAGUGGGUGAAGCUGGACUCCUUAGAGUUGACUGUUCAGAAGCAGGGCCCGGGACCCUGGGCCUAGAAGCUGUCUCAGACUCAGGAGCAAAAGCUGAAGUCAGUAUUCAGAACAACAAAGAUGGCACCUAUGCAGUGACCUAUGUACCACUGACAGCCGGCAUGUACACACUGACCAUGAAGUAUGGUGGUGAGCUUGUGCCACACUUUCCUGCCCGGGUCAAAGUGGAGCCUGCUGUGGACACCAGUAGGGUCAAAGUCUUUGGGCCAGGAAUAGAAGGAAAAGAUGUGUUUCGGGAAGCCACCACCGACUUCACAGUGGACUCAAGACCACUGACCCAGGUUGGGGGUGACCACAUUAAGGCCCACAUUGACAACCCCUCCGGGGCCUCCACUGAGUGCUUUGUCACAGACAAUGCUGAUGGGACCUACCAGGUGGAGUACACUCCCUUUGAGAAAGGUCUCCACAUAGUGGAGGUGACAUAUGAUGAUGUGCCCAUCCCAAAUAGUCCCUUCAAAGUUGCUGUAACCGAAGGCUGCCAACCCUCUCGGGUCCAGGCGCAAGGUCCUGGGCUGAAAGAGGCCUUUACCAAUAAACCCAACGUUUUCACAGUGGUUACCAGAGGGGCAGGAAUUGGCGGGCUUGGCAUUACUGUUGAGGGACCAUCAGAGUCAAAGAUAAACUGCAGAGACAACAAAGAUGGAAGCUGCAGUGCUGAGUACAUCCCCUUUGCUCCAGGGGAUUACGACGUUAAUAUCACAUAUGGAGGUGCCCACAUCCCUGGCAGUCCCUUCAGGGUUCCUGUGAAGGAUGUUGUGGACCCCAGCAAGGUCAAAAUUGCUGGCCCUGGGCUGGGCUCUGGCGUCCGAGCAUGUAUCCCACAGUCCUUCACGGUGGAUACUAGCAAGGCUGGCCUGGCUCCACUGGAAGUAAGGGUCCUGGGCCCACGAGGCCUAGUGGAGCCGGUCAAUGUGGUGGACAGUGGGGAUGGCACGCACACAGUGACCUACACCCCGUCCCAGGAGGGCCCUUACAUGGUCUCUGUUAAAUAUGAUGAUGAAGAGAUCCCUCGAAGUCCCUUUAAGGUCAAGGUUCUUCCCACAUAUGAUGCCAGCAAGGUGACUGCCAGUGGCCCUGGCCUCAGUUCCUAUGGGGUACCUGCCAGCCUGCCUGUGGAGUUUGCAAUUGAUGCCAGAGAUGCUGGGGAAGGCCUGCUUGCUGUCCAGAUAACGGACCAAGAGGGAAAACCCAAAAGAGCUGUUGUCCAUGAUAAUAAAGAUGGCACGUAUGCUGUCACCUACAUCCCUGACAAGACUGGACGCUAUAUGAUUGGUGUCACCUAUGGGGGGGACAACAUCCCAUUUUCUCCUUACCGAAUCCGGGCCAUGCAGACGGGUGAUGCCAGCAAGUGCCUUGCCACAGGUCCUGGCAUUGCCCCCACUGUGAAAACUGGAGAGGAAGUGGGCUUUGUGGUAGAUGCCAAGACUGCUGGGAAGGGGAAGGUGACCUGCACGAUUCUGACCCCAGAUGGUACUGAGGCUGAAGCGGAUGUCAUUGAAAAUGAGGAUGGCACCUAUGACAUUUUCUACACAGCUGCCAAGCCUGGCACCUAUGUGAUCUAUGUGCGCUUUGGUGGUGUCGAUAUUCCCAACAGCCCCUUCACAGUCAUGGCCACGGAUGGGGAAGUCACGGCUGUGGAGGAGGCACCGGUGACUGAAGAGGCCUAUGUCCCAGUGAGUGACAUGAACGGCCUGGGGUUUAAACCUUUCGACUUGGUCAUUCCCUUUGCAGUCAGGAAAGGAGAAAUCACGGGAGAGGUCCACAUGCCUUCUGAGACAGCUACACCUGAGAUUGUUGACAACAAAGAUGGCACGGUCACCGUCAGAUAUGCCCCCACUGAGGUCGGACUUCAUGAGAUGCAUAUCAAGUACAUGGGCAGUCAUAUCCCUGAGAGCCCUCUCCAGUUCUAUGUGAACUACCCCAACAGUGGGAGCGUUUCUGCAUACGGUCCAGGCCUGGUGUAUGGAGUGGCCAACAAAACCGCCACCUUCACCAUUGUCACCGAGGAUGCGGGAGAAGGUGGUCUAGACCUGGCUAUUGAGGGGCCCUCAAAAGCGGAAAUCAGCUGCAUUGACAACAAAGAUGGGACGUGUACAGUGACCUACCUACCCACGCUGCCAGGCAACUACAGCAUUCUGGUCAAGUACAAUGACAAGCACAUUCCUGGCAGCCCCUUCACAGCCAAGAUCACAGACGACAACAGACGCUGCUCCCAGGUGAAGCUGGGUUCUGCUGCUGACUUCCUGCUCGACAUCAGUGAAACUGACCUCAGCACGCUGACCGCCAGCAUCAAGGCCCCGUCCGGACGUGAUGAGCCCUGUCUGCUGAAACGAUUGCCCAACAACCACAUUGGCAUCUCCUUCAUUCCCCGGGAGGUGGGUGAACACCUUGUCAGCAUCAAGAAGAAUGGCAACCAUGUAGCCAACAGCCCUGUUUCCAUUAUGGUGGUUCAGUCUGAGAUCGGUGACGCACGCCGAGCCAAAGUCUACGGCCGUGGCCUAUCGGAAGGCCGCACUUUUGAGAUGUCAGACUUCAUCGUGGACACAAGGGAUGCAGGUUACGGUGGCAUAUCUUUAGCAGUGGAAGGCCCCAGCAAGGUGGACAUCCAGACUGAGGACCUGGAAGAUGGCACCUGCAAAGUCUCCUACUUUCCCACCGUGCCUGGGGUUUACAUCGUCUCCACCAAGUUUGCCGACGAGCAUGUGCCUGGGAGCCCAUUUACCGUGAAAAUUAGUGGGGAAGGAAGAGUCAAGGAAAGCAUCACCCGGACCAGCCGGGCCCCAUCUGUGGCCACUGUUGGGAGCAUCUGUGACCUGAACCUGAAAAUCCCAGAAAUCGACAGCAGUGACAUGUCAGCUCAUGUCACCAGCCCCUCCGGUCGUGUGACUGAGGCAGAGAUUGUGCCUAUGGGGAAGAACUCCCAUUGCGUCCGGUUUGUGCCCCAGGAAAUGGGUGUUCACACAGUCAGUGUCAAGUACCGUGGGCAGCAUGUAACUGGCAGUCCCUUCCAGUUCACUGUGGGGCCACUUGGCGAAGGGGGUGCCCACAAGGUGCGGGCUGGAGGCCCCGGCCUGGAAAGAGGAGAAGCAGGAGUUCCAGCUGAGUUCAGCAUCUGGACCCGGGAAGCAGGUGCUGGGGGCCUCUCCAUUGCUGUUGAGGGUCCCAGUAAGGCCGAGAUUACAUUUGAUGACCAUAAAAACGGGUCAUGCGGUGUGUCUUAUAUUGCCCAAGAACCUGGUAACUACGAGGUGUCCAUCAAGUUCAACGAUGAGCACAUCCCUGAAAGCCCCUACCUGGUGCCCAUCAUUGCGCCCUCCGACGAUGCUCGUCGCCUCACUGUUAUGAGCCUUCAGGAAUCGGGACUAAAAGUUAACCAGCCAGCAUCCUUUGCUAUAAGGUUGAAUGGUGCAAAAGGCAAGAUUGAUGCAAAGGUGCACAGCCCCUCAGGAGCCGUGGAGGAAUGUCACGUGUCUGAGCUGGAGCCAGAUAAGUAUGCUGUUCGCUUCAUCCCUCACGAGAACGGCAUCCACACGAUUGAUGUCAAGUUCAAUGGGAGCCACGUGGUGGGAAGCCCCUUCAAAGUGCGCGUCGGGGAGCCCGGGCAAGCUGGGAAUCCUGCCCUGGUGUCCGCCUAUGGCUCGGGGCUCGAGGGCGGCACCACAGGCAUCCAGUCUGAAUUCUUCAUCAACACCACCCGGGCAGGCCCAGGGACAUUAUCUGUCACCAUUGAAGGGCCUUCCAAGGUCAAAAUGGAUUGCCAGGAAACCCCAGAAGGGUACAAAGUGAUGUACACACCCAUGGCCCCUGGAAACUACCUGAUUGGUGUCAAAUAUGGCGGGCCCAACCACAUCAUGGGCAGUCCCUUCAAGGCCAAGGUGACAGGCCAGCGUCUGGUCAGCCCAGGCUCAGCUAAUGAGACCUCAUCCAUUCUGGUGGAGUCAGUGACCAGGUCCUCAACCGAGACCUGCUACAGUGCCAUCCCCAAAUCAUCCUCGGACGCCAGCAAAGUGACCUCCAAGGGGGCAGGGCUCUCAAAGGCCUUUGUGGGCCAGAAGAGCUCCUUCCUGGUAGACUGCAGCAAAGCUGGUUCCAAUAUGCUGCUGAUCGGGGUCCACGGGCCCACCACCCCUUGCGAAGAGGUCUCCAUGAAGCACAUGGGCAACCAACAAUAUAAUGUCACAUAUGUCGUCAAGGAGAGAGGAGAUUACGCUCUGGCCGUGAAGUGGGGGGAGGAACACAUCCCAGGCAGCCCCUUUCAUGUCACGGUGCCUUAAACAGUUUUUGUCAAAUCCUGGCAGGAGUUCUUGUCGUUGCUUUUGUUGCUUGUUUAUAAAUUCGUGUUCUACAAUGUCCUUGGCCUGUUGGUGGGUCUGAAACUCCAUCCCAAAACAUUGCCAAAGUGCCUUCAGAAUAAGUUCUAGAUUUGAUUCUGAAGGGCCACCUUGGGAAGCCCUAAGAAAUGCACACUUAUCCAGUGGGCUGAGGAGAUGCAGAGUGUACUCAUUCAAAUCAGAACUCUUGGUGGCACGUCACUGCAGACAGAUCAAGAGCGUGAACAAGACUGUUGUUUAAAAAAAAAAAAAAAAAAAA